CAACACCACGCUCUUGUCAUCUAAUUAUAAAACGAAUACAAAUUAAUAAUUAAUCACAAAACAAUAAUCAAAAUUCAAAAGGAAGAAGAUUACAGAAGCCACUAAUCUUCGUAUUUGGGGUUGCCCUAUAAGACUGGUCACGCACCACAGCUCACAAACUUGUCUUCUCGUCCUCUCUCUGCUCUGCUCCGCUCCAUUUCUCUCUGUAGAGAGAGAGAGUGUUACUUUUGUCUUAUUUAUGUGUCAAGAAUCACUUUCUCUCUAUAAAACCUCGAACUCCAUCACUCUCUCUUCUCUAACUCUUCAACCAGUCUGAAACUGCAAUCUACCAUCUCCAAAAUUCUUUUUUUUUUCUAUUUUGGGAAUUUUAUAAAAAAAAAGAAAAAAAAAGAAAUGCAGGAUCCAGCAGCUUAUUACCAGUCGAUGAUGGCGAAACAACAACAACAACAACCGGAGUUUCCGGUUCAAGAAGAGCUAAAGUGUCCUCGCUGUGACUCACCAAACACAAAAUUCUGUUACUACAACAACUACAACCUGUCACAGCCCCGUCACUUUUGCAAAAGCUGCCGUCGUUACUGGACCAAAGGCGGGGCUCUCCGUAACGUCCCCGUCGGUGGCGGUACUCGCAAGAACGCAAAGCGAUCGACCUCAUCAUCCCCUGCUUCUUCUCCUUCCUCCAACAGCAACAAGAAGACCAAGAACACCGAUCCUGAUCUUAGUUCACAAACCGGGUCCAAACCGGAUACGGAUCCGACCCGGAUGCUGUACGGGUUUCCUAUCGGAGACCAAGACGUGAAAGGUAUGGAGAUGGUCGGUGGUGGAAGUUUCAGCUCGCUUUUGGCGUCGAAUAUGCAGUUGGGUCUAGGCGGGAUCGUUCUCGACGGGUCGGGUUGGGAUACGGGUAUGGGUUUAAGGAGGAGCGAAGCGGGUAAUGGAGGAGGUGGUGGUGGUGUCCCGUGGACUGAUCUGGCUAUGAACAGAGUGGAGAAAGAAGGUGAUGACCGAAGAAAGUAGAGGGUAUUUCGGUAAAUAGUAUGAAGCUGCAAAACUGAUUUUAUGUGACUUGACUUGAGUCAUCAUGUAGACAAUUAACAGGUUUGAUGAAAUGCUCAUGUAGUCAUGUUAUGUCAUUUUGGUUAAUAACUUUUUUACUAGUUUUUUCUGUAACUGAACUUUAU